GCCAACUUCACUCUUGUCAGAGUACUAUUUUGCCGGAUUGUAUCCGCUUACUUCAGGUCUCUUUUGCUGUCCCCCAAUUUGAUCAAUUGUUUCUCCAUUCGGUGUCCUAUUCACCCUUUACGCCCCGAGUAAUUUACCCCGCGCAUCACCGAUCAUCGACCGAAAUGGAUCUCGUCAACCACCUCGAAGGAAGACUACUCUUCGCCGUUCCUAAGAAGGGUCGUCUUCAACAAGCUACCUUGGACCUCCUGGCUGGUGCCGACAUCCAGUUCCGUCGCGAAACCCGCUUGGACAUCGCCUUGGUGAAGAACUUGCCGAUCGCGCUCAUCUUCCUCCCUGCCGCUGAUAUCCCGACUUUUGUGGGCGAAGGGCGCGUGGAUCUCGGUAUCACAGGUCGCGACCAGGUUGCCGAGCACGAUGCCCAGCUUCCCAGCGGUGAGGUUUCCGGCGUGGAGGAAGUGAUGGACCUUGGCUUCGGCGCCUGCAAGUUGCAGGUUCAGGUUCCUGAGAAGGGCAACAUCACGGAAGCCCGCCAGCUGGUGGGCCGUAACGUCGUUACCAGCUUCACCGCCCUUACCGAGGCCUUUUUCACCAAGCUCGAGGCUGAGGUUGAAGGCAGCCCGAAGACUAAGAUCAAGUAUGUCGGUGGCAGUGUUGAGGCUGCCUGCGCUUUGGGUGUGGCCGAUGGUAUCGUUGAUCUGGUUGAAUCCGGUGAGACCAUGAAGGCUGCUGGCCUCAAGGCCAUUGACACCGUUGUUGAGACCAUCUCUGUGCUGGUCAAGUCCCGGAACACCCAGAAUCCUCUGGUUGACCUGAUCGCUUCCCGCAUUCGUGGUGUUAUCACCGCCCAGAAGUACGUCCUGUGCCAGUACAACAUCCCCCGCGCGGAAUUGUCGACCGCCUCCAGCAUCACUCCAGGCAAGCGCGCCCCCACGGUGACUGCCUUGGAUCAGGAUGGCUGGGUGGCCGUCAGCGCAAUGGUUGAGAAGAAGAAGAUUGCUACCGUCAUGGAUGAGCUGAUUAAGGUUGGCGCCACGGACAUUCUCGUCCUGAACAUUGCCAACUCGAGAGCUGCCUAAAAUGCUAUGCCAAUAAGUUCUGGGCAGCGCUUGUUUCAUUCAUUAUUGGUUUUGAACGUUCAUGAUGAUCUCCUUUUUGCAUUGGGCGUGAUAUAUUUAUUUCUUAGUUUUACUUCCUCUUGUAUGAUUACCCAGCAUUUUGUUCAAAAUAGAAGGAUUGGGUUCAAAUUGUGAAGUGGUUGGUUAGGGAUAAAGGCUAGACACUUAUCGAGUUGAUGAUGAUGAUGAUUUCAUAGGCUUUGAUUGAGUAGUUGGAUGUUCUAUGGUGGUGGCCUCUAACCGGGUCAAUUUCUU